CUCCUUUCCCUUUCCUUUUUCUUUCUUUCAUGUCAUUUCCUUUCUUUUCUUCUCCGUUUCUCUCUCUCUCUCUGCAAUUUCCUCUCUUCAAUGGCUGAAACCUCGGCUGCUCUUUGCUUCUCACCCUUCUCUUCCUUCCCCUCCUUCUCUCGCGCCAAGGACUCAUCUUUCUCUUCUCUCUCCGCUGCUUUCCCUCCCAAAUCCCCAAUUUCCCAUCCUUGCCCCUCUCGCCUUCUCCAGUUUCGCGCCAAAUCCUCCUCCGAUUCGUCCAAUUCCUUACCCGACGAUCUCUUCGGCUUCUUUCCUUGGUCCAAUGACUCCGAAAUUGAAUGGGUUGCUGAGGAGAGAGUCACAUUGUUCACUACUGAUGGGCUCGUUCAGAUUGGAGGCUCCAUGGUCCCUAGACGUGUCACUUCCUCAAAUAAGAAGCAAGGGAGGUCAAAGGCUAAUCAAAGAUUUCAGCGAUUUCAGGAGAGUGAUUACAUGGAUACAGAGCAGGGUUUGUGUCUAGGUGCUCUCUUUGAUAUUGCAGCAACAAAUGGCCUUGAUACGGGCAGGAAACUAUGCAUCUUUGGGUUUUGCCGUUCCAUUGAGAUGCUAAGCGAUGUUGUGGAAGACACUGUGCUGGAGCAUGGUGGUGAGGUUGUUGCUGCAGAGAAAGCAAUGAAAGGUGGGUUGCAUGAAAAGCUAAGAAUGACGGUUGCAGUGCCAUUACUCUGGGGGGUUCCUCCUGCUUCUGAAACACUUCACCUUGCUGUAAAGAGUGGUGGAGGAAUUGUAGAGAAAGUUUAUUGGCAAUGGGAUUUCUUGUAAAAAGCCAAGAUUGCACCACCCCUUCCUAACCAUUAUUUGUGCAUGUUGUACAUAAAAUUGCUGUAAUAUCCCCAUGUACAAUACCCAAUCGAUGUAUCUUAUUGGUGUCGCCAAGUGUCAUUAUCUUAUUGAUUACUUGAUGUUUACUCUUCCAUUUGUCCAAA